CGACGUGGCAACUUUCAUGACCAAGAAAUCAUUCGUAGAGAAAAACCUGUAGAAGAAAAUCAUUAGCUUUGACACACCAGCAUCAAUGGCCGCUAUCAGUACAGCAUCCCCAGCUGCUUAUCUUCGAAGCCUCGAUCGCACCGACUUCCUUUACUCACAGCGUCGCUUCGUGCGCUCAGUUCCGGCAAGAAAUGGCCUCACAAUUGUCUCCAUGGCAGCCAAAAAGAAGGUAAACAAAUACGACCAGAAGUGGAAGAAAGACUGGUACGGGCCGGGGAUCUUCUACGAAGGCAGCGAAGAACUCGAUGUCGACGUGUUCAAGAUUCUGGAGAAGCGGAAGGUGCUGAGCAAUGUUGAGAAGGCUGGGCUUUUGUCAAAGGCAGAGGGUUUGGGAUUGACUUUAUCUUCUUUGGAGAAACUCGGCCUGUUUUCCAAGGCCGAGGACCUGGGCCUGCUGAGUCUGCUUGAGAAGGUCGCAAGCGUAUCGCCAUCAACUCUGGCAUCAGCGGCGCUGCCGGCAGUGGUGGCGGCUUUGACCGCGAUUGUGGUGAUUCCUGAUGACUCGGUGGGUCUGGUGGCGUUGCAGGCUUUGGUGUCGGGGGUGUUUGGGAUUGGUGCUGCUGGACUCUUGAUUGGUUCUGUUUUGUUGGGUGAUUUGCAGGAAGCGGAAUGAUUUCUUCUUUUCUUUUCUUUUCUUUUUUUUUUCAAUUCGACUUUAAUCUUACUGCAUAGAAUAGCAGAAUGCUGUAUAUUGUUUUGUGUUAUCUGAUUUUCCCAACACGGUUGAGGAUCUUGAGCAUGCUACUUCUCAGGUCAGAGGAUUCUCGAUGCUUGAGUUCUUGAUACUUUGCUUCCUGGUUUUUGCUUGCCAGGUGUUUGAUAAAAUGCUUCAGUUAUUUUUAGGUGUUUUUC